ACCACGUCGCGCCACCACUGCAGUGCACUAGUCUCCAAUUAAUCGAGUAAACUUCCGUUCCUACUAGCCCACAACCCCAAAUAGCGAGCCCUGCACUAACACGCCAUACUCAUUACUCGCCACUACUUGCAUCGCAUGCCCGGCCUCUUUCUCCAUCGCUAAACCACCACAAAACAAUUCAACCAACAAAGCAAAAUCAUAUCAAUCACAAACACAUACACAUACAGUUAUAAGAUUAGAUCGAUAUACUCUUAGCAAGCUAGCUAGCAACUGUAGAUAGAUAUGGCGGAUCACCAGGAGAUGAUCCACCCAGCUGCUGCCGCCACGAACGCCACGGGUCAAGGACACGGCGGUGAUUGGUGGAGCUCGCCGGAUCAGCUGCCCGGGUUCAGCGCCAGCUGGUCUGCAGCGGCCAGCCAUGUCGAUGGCAACAACCGGUCGAGGUCCGGCAACGCGGCUUCCUCAGAAUCGCCCGGGUCGAACUCGCUCGCCACCGGCGGCAGCUCAAUAACCUUCCAACAAGAUCCCGCAGGCGUCGUCGCUGUGUCACAGCCGGUGCCUGGUCUCGCCGCCGGCUGGAGCCAACCUUACUACCUGGAUGGAUCUGGUUUCCAUGGGUACAUGAGCUCAAGAGGCGAUCCGGGUCACAUCAGAUUGACGAGCCCCUCAUCAAAUAACAACCUGAUGCUACAAGACCACCAUGAUCAGAACCAACAGUUCCUGUCCAACGUUGGACUGGAGCUGCUCUCGUCGCCGACCUCACCGUCCGGCGGUUUCCGGUACUCCUCGUUGCUGAGAAGCCUCACGGAGCCGUCAGCAGCGGCGAAGCCUUCGCCGGGCUUCCAGCAGUACCAGCAGCAGACGAUGAACCAAGCGCCUGGCAGCGUCAGGGAGGCUCUCCACUUCACCAAUAGCAUACCGUUUUGGAACCCUUCCACCGGGUUUGCUGCGGCGGAGGGGGCAGCAAGCUUCGGGACUUCCGGGCCACCGUCGGGGCAAUCUAGGCCGCCGGCGAGCCUUACAGCCAAGAGUGCAUUAGAAGGGGCCGGAGAUUCUAGCUCCAUCAUCGCGAAGAAGGCGAACACCGAUCCCACGCCGCUCAAGAAAGCGAGAACAGGGACACCAUCACCACUGCCUACCUUCAAGGUGAGGAAAGAGAAGCUAGGUGACAGAAUCACAGCACUUCAACAACUAGUCUCCCCUUUUGGAAAGACGGAUACGGCAUCGGUGCUCCACGAGACCAUCGAGUACAUCAAGUUCCUCCACGAACAAGUUGGUUUGAUGGAUGCCUUGUGUAUGCAGUCCCUCAGUGCUCCUUACCUAAAGAACAGGCAGCAAGUGCCCCAUUUGAAGGUAUCCAAGGACGGCGGCGAGGCAGCAGCGGCGAAGGGAGACCUCACCGGCCGAGGCCUGUGCCUGGUCCCGAUAUCGAGCACCUUCGCGGUGGCCAGCGAGACGCCGGUCGAUUUCUGGACACCAUUUGGUGGAGUCUUCGGCCGGUAGCAGACAUCAUCCAGGAGCUCCUACUGAUCAUAGAACUCAGAAGUGAUAUAUAGCUAGCAGUAUACUCCCUCCGCAUGUCAUUUAAAAAUAGGUCCAGAUAAAAUUUACAAACUUUGACCACUACAAAACAUAAACAUUUUAUGAUUUGUCAUAUAAAAAAUGGCAUAAUUAGAUUUGUCAGUAACUACAUUUUAAUAACUUUUAAUAUAUAUGUAGAAGAAAUAAAAGUCAAAGGCUUGUAUUGGAGAUCGUGUUAAUCUCCAAAGCUACAAGGAAAAAAGAAGAACGGAGGGAGUGUAUCCUAACUCACAACUACUAGCUGGUGAGCAUAUAUAGCACUCUAUAACUGAAUUAUGUUUGUAUAGGUGAAUCUUUGGAAUGAAUUCUUUAAGUUUUGGAUUCAUUCUUCAGGUUCGUAGGAGAAUAAGGUAUCAGGUAUAACUAACUUGCCAAGCGAACUGUAUCAUACGUUGCCUUGUUGUAAUAAUCAGGUGGUGCACAUAUUGUUGCAUAA